AUGCAAGUAGUCGUUCUACUAAGGGUCUUUUUUGGUGCUGGAUUAUCACAACUAUCUGGCUCAGGAAUCAAGCGUGGACCACCACGUAACUAUAGUGUAAAAAAAGGUGUCAGCGUGCUUGUAAAUGGCAUUGAUCCAUACAUGUUUUCGUCUAAACAAAAGUCAGUAAAAGAGAUUCUCAG